AUGUCUUCCUCAACAGACUCGGAGUAUCACUUUCAAAUUUUUAUUACAGUUGUUAUUGUCUUCCUCAUCUAUGUCUUCUUUAUUGCUGCUAGAUUUGGUGUCGAAUCCGUCCUGAGACUCCAUGAUAAACUAUCUCAAGUUUCUCUUGGCCAACAGCAAGUCGAUUACUCACGACCCAUUGAUGCGCGACAGGACAUCCGGUAUCCUUACUCUACCCAAACGAGCCCUCGUGCCUCAGCAAGCCGACAGAAGAAGCGCUACGAUAGCUCGUCGGAAGACGAUCAAGGAGAAUUGGACAACAAAGAUAAAAAAAUAGAUAAUCUCAAGAAGGAGGUGCGGGAUCUUAAGAAAAAGGACAAAGAGCUCCGUGCACCUCUCCUUGAAAUGAUCCAAGCUGUUACAGCUGCGGUGAAAAAGGAGCAGUAG